AUGGACAGCGACUGGAAGUGUUUAGUUGACGAAAUGUGGGAGUCUUACUUAUGCGAAGAAAAUAUAGGCGCCUCAAGCUUUUAUGAGGCGACCUCUUCCGACCCCUUUUCAAAUAUGCAUGAUGUGCAAUUUGACCAAUCCUACUUAUUUGAGGAAGCCAAGCUCGUGUUUGAAAAUCAUGAUGCAGAACAACAACAAAGUUGUCCAAAAGACCAACACUGCGAGCCGCUGGAACACCUUUUUGAACUAAUGCAAAAGGGAACAUUGCUUACCAGCCACGAAGAACUUGAAAACAGCAACGAUAAAACUGUUGAACCAASAUUUUCAUGUGAAAACCAAAUGGCUACAUACCAAGAAGAAAACAAAAAGAAAGAUGCAGAAACGAGCACAAGAAAAAUGAAAAAAGUAGUGGUAAAAUUCUGUCUUUUUUAUUUUGCAAAUCUUCUUACCAUACAUUUCAAAUUUUAUUAUGCAAAAUGUACAUUUGCAGACUUUGAGCUGCAAGUUAUUUAUAUAUCAAACUCAUAUUGA